AUGGAACCAGCGCCGUCUACCUCGCGUCCAUUCAAAGAGUUUGUUUCUCCGCGGAAGAAAAGAAAAAUGUCACACUUUAGUGUAUCUGAGAAGGCAAAGGAAACAAAAGUCCAGCUCUUGAAAAAGGUGAAAGAUGUCAAGAUUCAGUACCAAUCGUACGUGGUCGAUGAGCUAGCAAAAGCAGUUGGUGUGGAGGUAUUGAGUUUACCUCCGUACCAUUGCGAAUUGAAUCCCAUCGAACUAGUGUGGGCAGACGUCAAGGGGUAUAUGGCCCGAAAAAAUACAACAUUUAAGAUGGCAGAUGUUAAAAAGCUGCUCCGGGAGGCUUUAGGCAACAUUUCAGCAGAAAAAUGGCAAAAUUGCAUCAGUCACGUAAAAAAAGAGGAAUCGAAAUUAGCUAGACUAGAUGAUAAUGUAGACAAAACUGUUGAUUCUUUUGUGAUAAAUGUGACAGGCGAGACGUCUUAG